AUGUUUGCUGCACAAUCACCAUUUUCGAGUCAAUUUUCGCUCGACGAAUCUGGAUCAGAACUUUUCAAGUUUGAAUGGGACUUCGAUUGUCAACAACAGGAGUUUUCCAAUGAGGAGCCAUUCUGCUCAUGCACUGAUAUUUUUCAACCUAAAAGUAAUACAACGUGGUACACUCACUCAGGCUAUUUUGAACAUCCAUAUUUUCCACAACUUUUCCUGGAUGAUCAAGAGGAAGCCAUCUUUCCAGUGGACGUGACAACGCUGUUACAAGCACUAGCAACACCACAAUACUGUAGUGCCAGUCCAUCCAACGGUAUUACAUCUUGUCAAGACAACAUCGUUCAUCAGCACCAACAUGAAGCGCAAAACUUGACAGAUCAAAUGUGCUCACUUUCCGCUGUUGAGGUGUCAAAUAAAUUAUCAGAAAAACUCAAUGGUUCCAGUUCCAACUUUCCAACUUCUAUGGAUGAUUUCACUCUGUUGCCAACAGCUCCCACAAGAAAAUCAUCACGAUUAGAUAAUACUGCUGAUUGGCUAGUGGUCGAUGGCACGACAAAACUGAAAAGACGCCCGCUGCUGCACGAGUUUCUCCGGCGAUUGUUAGAUAAUCCAGAAUAUCAUGAUUUGGCAACAUAUGUCGAUCCUCAACAAGGCAUUUUUAGACUGCACAAACCAGAUGAAGUUGCUGAUCUGUGGAAAUCUGUCAAAGGAAGAAAUAGCAAAAAGAGAAUGACCGUUGAUAAUUUCUCUAGAGGAAUUCGGUACUACUAUCGAAAAGAAGUAAUGAAGGCGAGUCCGGGCCACUUUACAUUUUGCUUUGGACCGCAAUCGGGUUUUGGUAAAUUAUGGAGACCAUGUUCACAAUGA